CACUCCCACCCUCCCCACCGGUUGGAAAUACAAGCCCAGCCUCGGCGCGCCUUGUGUGGUAACACGCUCCGCCGCUGCCACGCUAUUUAAACUCGGGUUAUGGAUCCAGGAACCGGCGCGAAUCAAUGAGAUCAAACGCGAGGGAGAUGCACCGUCAAUUACAAGCACUUGGACAAGUCUAACUUUUUCUUCUUUUACAAAUACGCUUUCAAAAGAAACCUUAGCAACGCCCAAAUAAGAAGCCACCUCUAAGCAAAAUAGUAAUAUAAAGGGAGGGCGAAUAUAUAUAUAUAUAUUUAUAAAAAGUAUAUUUAUAAAUAUAGCUGUACAGGUUUACACCCGGUGAACUUUUUCUUUUCCUUUCUUCUUUUUUCUUUUUUUUAAACCAGUGGCAUUGCAAAGGAGGACUCUUCCUCUCUAUCUUUUGGCGAGUUAGUGAAGGGGGUAUUCUAUUUUCUUAGAGCGCCCAAGGGGGCGCAGGGACCUCGGAGAGUAGAGUGGGGAGGAAAGAGGAAGGGUGGGUGGGGGGCAGAGAGCGAGUCCGCAGCGAGGGCAGGCGCUUUCCUGCGGCACGAUGCCUUCCCUGCUGGUGCUCACUUUCUCCGCGUGCGUACUGCUCGACUGGGCGUUGCUGGCCGGCUGCACGGGUGGCGGUGUUGGCGGGGGCCUGGGCGGCGGGCGCCGGGAGAGAGAGGCGCUGCCGCCGCAGAAGAUCGAGGUGCUGGUGCUGUUGCCCCAGGACGACUCGUACCUGUUUUCCCUGGCCCGGGUGCGGCCGGCCAUCGAAUAUGCACUGCGCAGCGUGGAGGGAAACGGGACCGGGCGGCGGCUUCUGCCACCAGGCACUCGCUUCCAGGUGGCCUACGAAGACUCGGACUGCGGCAACCGCGCGCUCUUCAGCCUGGUGGACCGCGUGGCGGCGGCGCGGGGCGCCAAGCCCGACCUCAUCCUGGGGCCGGUGUGCGAGUAUGCGGCUGCACCGGUAGCCCGGCUUGCUUCCCACUGGGAUCUGCCCAUGCUGUCAGCCGGGGCACUCGCAGCCGGCUUCCAGCAUAAGGACACCGAGUACUCGCACCUCACGCGCGUGGCGCCCGCGUACGCAAAGAUGGGAGAGAUGAUGCUUGCCCUGUUCCGUCACCACCAGUGGAGCCGCGCCGUGCUGGUUUACAGCGACGACAAGCUGGAGCGGAACUGCUUCUUCACCCUCGAGGGGGUCCAUGAGGUCUUCCAGGAGGAGGGCUUGCACACGUCCGCCUACAAUUUCGAUGAGACCAAAGGCUUGGAUCUGGACGACAUCGUGCGUUACAUCCAGGCCAAUGAGCGAGUGGUGAUCAUGUGUGCGAGCAGCGACACCAUCCGCAGCAUCAUGCUGGCGGCCCACAGGCAUGGGAUGACCAGCGGAGACUACGCCUUCUUCAACAUUGAGCUCUUCAACAGCUCUUCUUACGGAGAUGGCUCAUGGAGGAGAGGAGACAAGCACGACUUUGAAGCUAAGCAAGCGUACUCAUCCCUCCAAACAAUCACUCUACUGAGGACAGUGAAACCUGAGUUUGAGAAGUUUUCCAUGGAGGUGAAAAAUUCUGUUGAGAAGCAAGGGCUCAGUGAGGAGGAUUACGUAAACAUGUUUGUUGAAGGAUUCCACGAUGCCAUUCUCCUCUACGUCCUGGCUUUACAUGAAGUGCUCAGAGCUGGCUACAGUAAGAAGGAUGGAGGGAAAAUCAUCCAGCAGACUUGGAACAGAACAUUUGAAGGUAUUGCCGGGAAGGUGUCCAUAGAUGCCAAUGGUGACCGGUAUGGGGACUUCUCUGUGAUUGCUAUGACCGACACAGAGGCGGGCACUCAGGAGGUUAUUGGUGACUACUUUGGAAAAGAAGGUCGUUUUGAAAUGCGGCCGAAUGUCAAAUAUCCUUGGGGACCUUUAAAGCUGAGAAUAGAUGAAACCAGAAUUGUGGAGCACACAAACAGCUCUCCUUGCAAAGCAUCAGGUGGCCUAGAAGAAUCAGCAGUGACAGGAAUUGUUGUGGGGGCCUUACUAGGAGCUGGCUUGCUAAUGGCCUUCUACUUUUUCAGGAAGAAAUACAGAAUAACCAUUGAGAGGCGAAACCAGCAAGAAGAGAGUAACAUCGGAAAACACCGGGAGUUACGGGAAGAUUCCAUCAGAUCCCAUUUUUCGGUGGCUUAAAAGGAAGUCUGUUCUUUUGGCUUGAGAUUCUUUAAGGAGAUAGAUGGGAUGAAAGACAUCAAUGGAACAGAAGGGGCAAUCCCGAAGAACUCAUUCUUUUAAGCAGUUAGUCAUUUCGUUGUUAAAUUUCUUUAGAAGCUCAGGAACUAUUAUUAAUCACCAUAUGCCUCCCAGCCUUUCAUCUCAUGACAAACAAAUAUAAGAAUAUAAUGUCACUCUGUUAAAUGUUCAUACUGUUUUCAAGGGCAUAUGAUUAGACUUAUGUUUUGAAAGUCUGAUGUCUCCAUAUCUUGAUGGCUUUGGGGGGCAUUUCACACAAGGAUAUAACAUGUGUUUUUCUUAAAUGAAAUGUUUUAUAGCUAGAAUAAAAUAAUUUUUGCAAGUAGAAUAUUCUUAGAAAGAAUUUAACCCUAAGAAGAAGAAAAUGUGAUGAAAAAUCUCAAGAUUAGAAAGACAGCGUUCCUUUCUCUAGCACUGGUGGACAGAUCUGAGGUUGAGAACUGCUCUGUCCAGUGUGUAUAUUCAGGUCCUGACCUCAUAUCUCAAAAAGGAAUUUCCUUCCUGUCUCCUUCAGCAUCUCAUAAAAGCUACUCUGGAGAGUUGUAACUAAUGAGAUAAGAGGAUUUAUGCAAGAAAAGCAAAUCUAAAAUGUUUCAUUUUUUAAAAAAUAUAAAAAGCCCUAUUUCACACUAACGUUUUAUUUUUAAGUAUUUUAGUCUUAUAUUUUGCUAUUAGAAAAUGUGUCUAUUUUUUCAUUUCAAAGAUUAAAUUUCACUUAUAUUUUAAAAGCAUAGGUAAAGUGUACAACAAACCAAUAAUGAUGAAAGAUGCCUUUCUUUUUCUCUGUUUUCCUCUUCGCCUUGGCCAUAGCCUAAUACUAAUUGCUGCUUUAACUACAGAGAUCUAGAAAUGUAUUCAUAGUAUAGAAUCUACAGGAGUACAUCCAUUUACGUGUUUUAAAGGUAUUAUCUUUGAGAUAGAUUCUUUCCAGUUCUGGCCAAAUGAUGAGUAUCAAAUGAUCAAGGAUGAAAUUUAUUAGGAUUAAGUCGGGUUUUAUAAAGAGACAGCCCUUUUUUUUAAGAAGAACUUUAUGGAGUUAGAACUUGAAUCACAGAAAUGCUAAAUUUAAUAAAUGCAUACAAGACAUUUUACCAAAAUUCACAAUGAUAAUUUUGGUUUAAAUAAGGAUUCCAAAUAGCUAUUAUAGUCCCUUUCAGUAAACUCCACAGAGCUUUGCAACCAUCCACUAAAAACCCGUGUAAUGGGGGCUUGGGUAUGGCUAUGAGGCGUUUGGACGAGGUUUAAUAAGUACUUACUGAAUCUCUACUUUGCACCCAGUGCUCUUCACAUAGGUUUAAACUCAGGUUGCCACUGUCAUGUAUAAUUUGUGGAGAAAACAGACAGUGAGGGAAGAUUGGGGAGAUGCCAGAUCAGUGUACCAUCUUAAAAUGAUAUUGUGAGGGUCUUUCAUUAAUAAUGCCUGAGCAUCUGGAAAAUAGUUUUAAAAAUUAUCUUAACGUCUAAAGGACAUCUAUAGGAGGAAAAUAGAGGAGUUUAAGAAAAUAAGGAAAUAUAGGAAUUUGAAUGAUUCCUUGGUAGUGAUGGAGGCUGUGGGUCACACAGGUGGAGGCAGAGUAAGUGAAAGCUGCGUGUCCUGCAAGUUGGCCCGAGCUUGCUUUCUGGAGGAGUCUGCCUCCAUCACGCCAGUCAAAGUGAACGGAUUAUUUCUACGUGAGGCACAUUCCCCCUCUAUUGUUUAAAAAUGGAAUGUGGGCAGCUGGAGAACAUGAUAAAACAAUGAACUCUGAUCAACUGAAGGAGCUAGGCUGUCAUUCUCCAUGCUGGGUGCAAAGGAAAAAGUGCCAAAUUCAAAACAGGACGGAAAAAGAAGGCAAGAAAGGCAAGCUCCAGCAAUUCUAAUGUAGGAAGAGAGUCUGGGAAGUAAAAUCCAGGAAAGCAAAGCAUUUAACAUCUCAGGACUCAGAGUGAAAACAUCAGUGUGAGGUUUGCCUCCCUCUUAUUUUCGUGAGUUGAGAGCUUAUUUCACUGUCAUUUUAAUUUUUCCAUAUAUUUUAGAGAUGUUCAUUUUCUACUAUCUUAUGCUUGUAAAAAACAUUAAAGUUUUGAACUUGUGUGCUUA